CCUCAAUGAGGACCCCCGUUGGCAGGACACCGCCUACGUGCUGGCUAACUAUAAGACCGAAGUGUGCAAACGCCCGCCCCGGCUAUGUCGACAGGGGUACGCCUGUCCCCAGUUCCACAACAACAAAGACCGGCGCCGGUCGCCCAAGAAAUACAAAUACCGGUCCACUCCCUGUCCGAACGUGAAACAGGGCGACGA